UGGUCUCGUGCUGAACGCUGCGUGCGUCCUUCAAGCGUUUCUGACCGCUCGUGUGCCGGUGCCGUAUCAUAGCAACGGAAAACGUUUAGACUGCAGGACACCUGGUAGAGGAGGAGGGAGGCUCGUGUUGGAAACGGAAGCUAGUCUGAGGGGAAGCCAAAGUUAGCACACCUUCAUUAAAAUGCGACAGCCUUCUCUUUAUGUGACGAACUUCUGACGCUAAGACUAAGGAAGUUUUGGUUUUGGGAAUUUUUUUAAUGAACUUCCGACGUCAACGUCCUCAAGUCAAAAAAGAGAUGAGCCCCAAGAAGAAAAACACAGCCAUUGGUGUGAUCACCUUCCACACAUCUUUACCUGUCUGCCUGCUGAAAUCUCAGGGGUGCAUGGCAGAUGUGAAGGAUGCCACAGAGAGCAGAGAGAACCUAUCACAGCGAAGUGCGAGGACAAGGAGUGAAUGUGUAAGAGUGGAGGAAAAAGAUAAGGCCUCACCAGUAGCCAGACGGGAUUGGCUCUCUCACACCUCCAUCAGACAACUGCGGGCAAAAAUGGAGGCUGAUAAUGAACAGGUGAAAGAAUUAAUACAACCUUUGCUGGAUACAGAAAAUGGUUUUAUGAAGGAGUUGGAGAGGUUUCUGAGUCAACGGGAUGUGGCAGAGCUGCGGAGGAGGGAACUGCUGCACAAGCGCUGGACUGAACGUGUAUGGUUUCCCCUGCAGAGGAGGGUGGAGGAACAUGUGUCCAGCUGUAGCCCCAUGGAGGCCAAGAGGCGCCAGACCUUAUACAGUCGCAACCUCCAUCACUGCAACACCAAGCUCACUACAGCUGACUUAAAGGACCCACUGUACCUUCAGUUACCUGAAAGACUGAAGGAAAAAAGAACAGCCCGUUCAAAUGAAGCAGGAUGUAUACACAAGCUACCUCAGAGUCCUCUGAUGUUCAGACGGGCCUCAUCUAAUUAUGAAGUCUCUGCAUUUGGAAAAACUUCAGUGAGGGAUGAGACAGAAGCUCAACACCACCACACCAUAUCACAUCAGUGCAACUGCCACACCAGAUGGAAGGUGUCAUCAGGCCAGCUGCUGGUUCUCCAGAUGUGGAGGUCCACAACAACCCUCAAAUUUACAUCAGUCUGCGCCUACAUCUCAGAAAACCCCAUAUUUAUCAUAAAUCUUUAUCUGUGUUCUCUUCUAUCUACCUCAGACACUAUACUUGAAAGGGGUGUUGUGGAAACCAGGAAUGUGCUGGGAAAGUAGUGAAACAUUGACCUAAAACAACAACAAAUGUUUACUGUAUGUACAUUUUAUUGAUACCAUUUUCAGGAUUUAAUA